CAUCAUCAUCUUAUCCUACAUCCCACUACUCUCUCGGGUGCGAGCACUCCGGCCUAUCGUGAAUAAUCACGAUGCUUACUCCUAUCCUAAUUGCUUCUUUCUUUUCAUUGAUUAAUGCUGCAUCUAUAGUAUCUCGCUCACAGUCCUACCCUCGUUCACAAUCAUCUCAGCCUGCUGUACUAGGCCCACAAACCACAAUAACCAUAGGUAAUAAUGUUAUCGCUCCCGAUGGCUUCGAACGCUCAGCAACUCUUGUCAAUGGCAUAUUCCCUGGACCCUUGAUUGCAGCCCAGAAGGGAGACAACUUUUCCAUUCAGGUAGUCAACGAGCUCACAGACGAGACGAUGUUCAAGAGUACCAGUGUCCACUGGCACGGUAUCUUCCAAAAUGGGACCAACUACGCCGACGGCACAUCCUUCGUCACACAAUGUCCGAUUGCACAGAACAACUCUUUCACUCACAACUUCUCCGCCCCGAACCAAGCAGGUACUUACUGGUAUCACAGUCAUUACUCCGUCCAAUAUUGCGAUGGUCUGAGGGGAGCCCUGGUUAUCUAUGACCCUGAUGACCCUUUGGCAUACAUGUAUGAUGUCGACAAUGCAAGUACCGUAAUCACACUUUCCGACUGGUAUCACGUUGUAGCUCCUGUCUUGCGCCACAUCAUAGGUACCGACGCCAACUCUUCGCUUAUCAACGGACUGGGUCGUUAUGCAGGCGGACCCGCGUCUGACCUGGCUGUGAUCAACGUCGAACAGGGAAAGCGAUACCGCAUGCGACUGGUUGCAAUGUCCUGCGACCCUAAUUUCAAUUUCACCAUCGAUGGCCACAACUUCACCAUCAUCGAAGCGGAUGGACAGCUGACCGAGCCACUGCCUGUAGAUCAGCUCCAGAUUCUUGCGGGUCAGCGCUACUCUGUGGUUCUGGUAGCCAACCAGCCAGUGGAUAACUACUGGAUACGCAGUCUUCCUAGUUUGGCGGGUGCAUCCUUCGAAGGGGGAACGAACUCUGCUAUAUUGCGCUACCAAGGCGCCCCGCAGGUCGACCCGACCACGGUCCAAACGACCAUCCAGGACCCAUUGGUAGAGACCAACUUACAUGCUCUAAUCAAUCCCGGUGUUCCUGGCAUUCCGGGGUACGGGAAUGCAGAUAUCAACCUCGACCUCCAGAUUACCUCUCUCGGCGGAUUCUUCUCUGUCAAUAAUGCCACAUUCGCACCACCCACCGUUCCUGUUCUACAACAAAUUCUCAGUGGUGUAAAUCCAUUUAAUCUACUUCCAAACGGGAGUGUGAUCCCUCUAAAAGCCAACCAAGUGGUGGAGUUGACGAUGAAAAUAGUAUCUGGUCCAGGUGGACCCCAUCCCAUACACCUUCAUGGGCACUCAUUCGAUGUCGUACAGAGCGCAGAAAGUAGUACCUUCAAUUAUGUGAACCCAGUUCGCCGUGAUGUGGUAAGCGUUGGUACUACGGGGCAACAGAUGGUGAUACGAUGGACGACCGACAAUUCUGGCCCGUGGUUCUUGCAUUGCCACAUUGACUGGCACCUUGAUGCCGGUUUUGCCGUAGUAAUGGCGGAAAGCCCUUCAGAUACCGCUGCACAUGUGAACCCCGUACCACAGGAAUGGUACGAGUUGUGUCCGACCUUUGACUCUUUAACGCCUACCCAGUUGGGGGGUGGGGGUCGCUUCGCCUAUGAAGAAGCAGCUAGUAUUACCACUGCGGCUCUUCUCUUCCCACCAUCACCACUCCCUUAAAUACCACUAUUAUAUUAUUAUUAUUUUCGUUUCCGUAGGGGGCAUCAUGUUUACAGGAUAUACUGUAUGUGGGUAGUGUAUUUUUGUAUCCUAGUUACAUGUACAUGGACCUCUCUAUUCCACUCAGCACUUACAUAAAUGCACGAGGAUAAUGCGUAGGAUGUGAAAUGGCAACCUAAUAAAGAUUCUGAGGAAACACGUUGAAUAAGAAAUUUACAAGUAAUAUAGGAGUGAUAAUCACUCCGGAGCAAAA